AUGAACUUGCAGCCUAUGGCAAAACAAAUGUUGAGAAAAUGCGGCGGUCUGCCAUUAGCUAUAAAAGAGGUGGGAAAGCAGUUAGCAGAAAAGAAAGUCUCGGGAAGGAGUGGAUGGGAACAACUUCUUGAAUCGGUUGAUUUUGGUUCAACAUUGAAGUUAUUGGAACCGUUUUAUCAGAAAUUGGAUCCCAAACUGGAGCCAUGUUUCAUGUGUAUGGCCUUCUUCAAGGAAAAUACAACUUUGAGGGCGGAAAAGUUGACACAGAUCUGGGUCGCAGGAGGAGUGGUUUCAAGAUAUAAAUAUGAAUCAUAUUUAAACGGUUUAAUCAAUGAAUCUGUUAUUGAUGUCCAGGACAAGAGCACGGAGUAUCGCAUGAAUCAUGUGCUACACAUGUUGUCCAUCCAAAAAGCAGAAGAGAAACUUGGUUUUGAGAUCCUAAGGAACAAUGGAAAUAAUCGACCCUCUGAGAGUCCUCGUCACCAUCGUGUUACCAUUUGUAGCAGAGACAAGUUCAACUACUCCACGGAUCAAGAUAAACAUCUUGUUUCUCUCUUCUUCCAUGGUGGUGGCUACUUGGACGCCAGUCCAUCCUAUUGGAAGAGCUUUAAACAACGACUUAAGAUACUGGACUUGGAAGAUUUUGGGUUGAAGAUUUUACCGGAAACUAUCAGCACAUUGAUGGAAUUAAGAUACUUGGGGUUGAGAAAUUACUACAUAAAAGAGCUUCCACAGUCGUUGGGGCGCUUGAAAAACCUCGAGGUUCUUGAUAUAGCUCAAAACUUUAUGAUGGAGGUCCCAGAUAUUAUAUGGGAAAUGGAUAGCCUUCACCACCUCUACUUGUCUGAUGUGAUUUUCAGGAAACCUUUGAAGAUAGACGUGCUACAGUUUCUGGAGACCUUAACCUACGUCUCGGUUGAUAAUUUGACAUAUGAGCUCUCGAGCUUAAGAGGAGUCGGCCGCUGGGUGUGCGCGGGCGCUGGUCCUGAAAUUCCGGUGAAUGGCGAUCGACCUCCUCCCUUACCUCCAUCUCUACCUUCCUUCACUUUCAAUUUCCUGAAUUCAAGCUUGAGGAAAAAGGAGGAGCGAGCCCUAAUUCUCUCGCCUGUGCUUCGAUCUGCUGCCGCCGCCGCAGGAACGGCGAGCGGCGCCGCUGUCCGCGCGUCCCUCCGACGCCAACGCUUCUCCUCCCUUGAGAAUGCUCCGACGAGAGCUUCUCCUUUUGCUGAUGUAGGGUUUCCGGCGAGCAGGGGAAGGUCUGCCAUCUCUGGAAAGCUCGCGAACGGCCGCUGCCCUCGUUGA